GGUGAUCGAGAGGGUAGUCUGUAUGUCAAUCUAACUAACUUAAUCAAUUUAAAUUCAUUGGAUCUCCAGUAGACGACAAGGAUUGGUCAAGUGUACCUCUAGAAUUGCAGCAUCAAUCCAGUUAGCCUCUCGCUGGUUGGCUGAAGACGUCUUCGCACUCGGCCGGUAGAUGGCGGAGUCUUCUAGGAUUACCAAGGUUUCGGUUGCGCAGUGGAGAAAACUUCCUGCUCUCAAGCUUCCCAUGUCAACCGGACGCUGGAGUAAUAUAGAAGAAGAGUCUCCGAUCAGCGAUAUCACGGUUACAGUGACGUCACGAAACAGUGAAGUAAGGAGCUAAUUUAUGUUAAAGUUCAGAUAUUCAAAAUUUCAUAUUGGGUCGAUUUCGCUCCGACAUUAACAGGAAUAUGAAGGAGUGUUUAACUUUAUUCUAAAACUAAGAAAAAGGGAAUAAUUAUAUAAAAUAAUAUACAUGUAUAGUGGUGAAUUAUCUACUGAAAAUGGCAACAUCGUUACGUAAAGGCCAGAUCGUCGUCCGCGCACAAGGGCAGACAACUUGUGUAUAUCACAAGGGGAACACACUAGACUGGUUUUGUGAAACUUGUAGUGAUCUCAUAUGCGCGACAUGCGUGUCUUCUACACACAAGGGGCAUGACAUAAUCCAGCUUAGUCUACUUACACCCGACAACAAACGAAAGAUAAGAAACUUCAUAGAAAAAGCCGAGAAAAAUGAACUCAAUCAGAUUCCUAAGGAAAUUGCUUCUUCAGCAGACAAAUUGCAGAAAAAUUUGGUUCAUUUUGAGAAAUUGGCAGAAGUAGUGAAAGCUCAAGGAGAAAAACUUAAAGAAGAAAUUAAUGUUUUGAUGAAUCAAACUAUUUCGCAUUUGAAACAGUUACAAGAAGAACAUUCUAAAGUUUUACAGAACUACAAGUCACAAAUGGAAGAAAAGCUGAAAGAACUGCAAGAGCGACUGAAAAAGUGUAAGGAAGCUCUUCAGAUUGGAACAGAUCUGCAAGUGUGUGAUACCAUCACCAGGAUCCCUCCUCAAAUCACAUUACCCACACUUCAAGAUCUUGGCACUGCAAGUUUCAAUCCAAAUCAGAAUCCCGAAGAGAUCUUGAAGCAAGCCUUCGGAUCAGGGUCCAUCAUCUCGUGUGAUCAGAUACAACGUCACUUCCGCCAAGGUCAUGCGCAGGGACAUGAUGAUGGUGUAGUUUCUGCCAGAUCAUCAGCUCGACCCGAUUCUUUGCCUACCGAGAAUGAGCCAAGACAGAAAGUGAAAGCGCCACCCAGUAUACCAGUAUCAUCAAAGUGUGAAUUUCUACCGGAAACGAAGGUCCUGUAUGAGUGGGAGUCGCCGUGUCGCAUCACGUCCAUUUGUCCGACCGUCAUAGACAGAGCUUGGACGUGCAACUUUGUCAGUGACACUGUCACGCAUAUGACCCGCGAAGGAGUGGUUCUUCAGGAAAUACAAAGCCAUACAAAGGUGACAGAUAUCUGUCAUACCAUACACAGCGUUUGGGCAUGCUCAAACAAAGACAACAGCGUCAUGGAACUGGUGUCGGGAACAAUGAUCACCAGGUUCAAGACGGACACUCCGCCAAAAUGCAUAUAUGUUACUAAAAAUGGUAAUGUUUUAGUGGGCAUGAAAAAUAAAAUCACCGAGUUCACACAGGCAGGAAAGCCGAUGGUCACCAGCAAAUCACCACCUGGGAUACAAUUGGUAUGUUCCCCGCGGAAAAUCUCGCAGUGCCCGGUCAGUGCGAAUAUUGUUGUGAUCGACAGAGAUUUGACGGUAGAGGGCGGUAGUGGUAGACCCCAUGUCUUAAUGAUGGACAGAAAUCUACAAAACUUAUCCCGAUUGGAAUUCAAAGGUCGAAAUGACCCCUAUGACGUCACAUAUGACGCUUUCGGUAACCUUAUCGUCGCUGACAUUGACAAUUGCUGCCUUCAUUUGCUGAGUGGCGCUGGACAAUACCUCCGAGUUCUCCAUACAGACACUGACAGGGCGCUGGCCGUGGGCGUGGACAGAGGCGGAAUUCUCUGGGCGGUGUUCAGGGCUAAAUUCAUCAAACGAAUACAGUACAUCAGGAAAUAGACUAACGAGAGUGUUUUGACACAUCAAGUAAUCAAGUGUAUCGCAUAUUAUUGCUGGACACAACGGACAUAACUCAUGUUUUCCAGUUGUUCUCAAACAAAAUAAAAAGGAAG